AUGGCGGAAUAUCAAUACAAUGGUUACAAGUUAGAAUGUUCUUCUUUGAAUAGAGGAAUAAUUAAUAAAUCUAACGCCCCAAAUGACCCUGAUGUCAUAACUAACGCUAAUAUAGUGAAAGUCUAUGGGGAACUUUGCAGACGAUAUCUAUUACCAGUGUUAUCAUUGCAUAAAGGAACAUUCACUAUCUACAGAAAUAUUGCAUGUUAUCUUUGCAAUAAUAACGAAACUUUACCUGAGGAAUGCUAUUUAUUCUAUCCAGAUUACACGGAAUAUUUUUUACAAAUACAUGUUCUUAAUAAAAAUCAGCAAACGUAUAUAGAAGAUACACUAUCUGUAGUCGAUAUCUUUCAACAAUAUGUCGGCAAAUGUAACGUAGGUUACAUUCGUGACGAAAAAUUGGAAAUCUGUAGGAAGAUUCUGUGCCCACGCCAUUUUUACAUUAACAAUGGAAAAUGCAUACCAGUUUUCUCAUACGUAGACGGUGUUUAUUUCAAUCUCAUUAUUGAAAUUAAACCAAGGAGCCUUAUUCCCGAGUCUGGAGCUCUCCUUGAUCUAUACGAAAGCCAACUUGAGAGAAUACUUGCUAAAGAGGUUAAUCAUAAUUUCAGACUAAUACAAAUAGAUAUAUGGCGGAAAAUCUCGAACUCUGUUCUGAAGAUGAAUGUUGUCUCUGUUAAUUUCAAAAUCGAGCGAGAAACUUAUUCGAGUGUGAUUGAAAUAUCUCGAAAAAUGCUUACCAAAAUAGGUGAUGCAAAAAUAGAAGUCAACUCAACUGUUAUCAGUUUAGAAGUUGAGUUAUCUGACAAUGUAUAUAAAAUCGACCGCUUUCAUCGGGCGAUCGAACGGGAAACAAAGUCGAAACUUCAAAUGACGCGUAAAUCUACGGAACUAAACGUUGAUGAAAAGAGGUUUACGCUUUCAAAAGGACAUUUUUGUUAUAGAAUGGAACUGAACUCAAGUGAAUUUGUUAUGCUUGGGAAAAACGCUAUAAAAAUUUUAAACACAGGUGUGCGAGUUGAAGGCGACUACUUUGACGCUACUGAAGAAGGAAAUGAAAUAGCCUGCAUAGAGGACAUCAUUGAACUAAAGGAAAGGGCUCAAGAAACCAAUAGGAAAUCAGUUAUUACAGAGGAUAAAGAUAUCACUAUUAUCCUUGUAUUUGGAAUUGCAACAGCAUUGAUAAUUUUGAUAAUAACCGGGAGAGUUAUUUGUAGCUGCAGAAAUAAUGCAACUUGA